AAGGAUUUCUAGGUUCUUGAUUUGGACUGAGUCCGAUUCGGUCUAAAUCAAAAUACAAGUUUAAAGAAUUUUUAUUUUAGUUUAAGUAUGACAGUCGAAAAGGAAUCAGAAACAUUACAAAUUAUUGAAGAGGAUGUUGAACGGGAUAAAAUUAUUAAAUCCUUAACACAAAACGAUGAAAUUUGUUUCAAAAGUCAACAAAAAUGGGAAAACGACCUAACUCUAGAAGAAAAAUUUGAAAUUGGUUUAAAACUAUAUAAUGAAAAUAAGCUACAGUUUCUUAUCAAAUUUGGUAAAUAUUUUAAGUAUCCACAACUGCACUCUUUCAAAGAACUUUUAAAAGAAGAAUCUAACAAUGAAGAAAUAAAUAUACUUAUAAAUGAUCUAAUGAAAAGUUCACAAGGGCAUACGCAAAAUGUAGUUGUCAAAAAUAGAAGAUACCAAGCUAUGAUGCAAAUGAUUCAAGAUAGCUCAUAUUUUUCUGAGGUCGAAAUGAUGAAAAGAAAUCCACUAUUAUACAAUCAACUCAUUGGACAAUACUUAUCUGCAGCAGAGAAAAAAGAAAGAGAUAAAUAUGAGAUGAAUAGUGAAACCAGUUUUGUUAAAAUAUUAAUGGAAGGUAUAGAUAGAGAUAAUGCUGAAGCAGUUAGACAACAUGAAGAAGAAAUAGAAAACAAUCAAAUGGAGGAAGAGGACUCAGACGAAGAAGAAUCAGACAUUUCUACUUCACGGCCAUCGACAUCGCAUUGGGGUGAGUUUGAAGGCAGUAAAAAUACCUUUAAGAUGCCAAACGCUACACAAAAAUCUACCUUUAUUACACUGGAAGAAAGAAAAUUGCUAAAAGACGAAUUUGUCACAACUAUGUAUGAAUCGUUUUUAGAUGGAAAAGAUGAGGACUUUAAUUAUGAGAAAGUUGACAAUGACACCUCAUAUGAUGAUAUGCAUGAAAUAGAUAAUGAUGAAGAAGAAAAGUAUUUUGAUUCAGAAGAAGUAGGUGAUGAUGGAAUGGAUGAAAAUUUAGUAAUUGAAUCAGGAAGUUUUAUGAAUAGUUGUAAUCAAGAUUAUUAAAAUAAAAGUUUAGUUAA